CGCGCGUUGUCCUGCCACACGCUCGGCCGUUCGGCAUGGGCCCAGCGCCUGUCUCUGCCGGCCCAGCAUCCACCCCAUGGGCGCUAAUGACGACGCUUUGCCGCUGCAGCUUCUCCUGUUUCAGCAGCGCCGGCCACGGGUCUCAUUUCACACAGCCACGCUGGAAUCCGCUCUGCCUUGUGCCAUUUAUAAUAGAGUCCUGGAGCCCUGUUGAGCGUCGUGAAGUCUUUUUUUGGUUUUUGCCGUUUGUUUGAUUUUUCUUUAUAUUUUGAGUGCAUUUCCUUAUUUGAAAAUACCUAUCAUAGUAUUCCUUCUUUGGCAUUGUCCUAUUAUAUUGCCUUGACCCACGGCGUACUUAUAUUACUCAGGAGACGCACGGCCACUCUCCCCUGAGCCUUGUGAUAUACGAUUCAAGACUGCGUACAAAAAUACUCAACACCUCACCUCAUCGCAGCCGAGUAUUAUUCUAUAACUUCCCAUCAUGAAGGCCUCGCCCCUGGCCACUGCGGGCAUAGCCCUGGCUUCUGCCGCCCAGGCGCAAGUCGUCCAGUUCGAUAUCGAGAAGCGAGACGGGCCGCUCCUGAGAGACCUAAGCCGCCGAGCCACCACCGUCAAUGGCGUUCUUUCAAACCAACAGGUCCAGGGCGGAUAUUUCCUCAACGUCGAGGUCGGCACUCCUCCUCAAAACAUAACCCUUCAGCUCGACACAGGCAGUAGUGAUGUCUGGGUGCCUGCUUCAUCGGCCGCCAUCUGUACCGAAGUAUCACAGAGGAAUCCUGGAUGCACCUUCGGAAGCUUCAACUCUGAUAAAUCCAGCACCUUCGUCGAUGUUGGACAAGGCGACUUCGAUAUUACCUAUGUCGAUAACACAUUUUCCAAGGGCGAUUACUUCCAAGAUGACUUUCAUAUCGGCGGCGUGACUGUCUCCAACCUUACCAUGGGUCUUGGCCUGGACUCGUCCAUCGCCAAUGGCCUAAUCGGAGUCGGCUAUGUCAACGACGAAGCUUCUCUCGGCACAACGCGAUCCACCUACCCGAAUCUUCCGGUUGUCUUGCAAAAGGAGAAGCUAAUCAACACCGUCGCAUACAGUCUGUGGCUAAACGACCUUGAUGCUAGCACGGGCUCCAUCCUGUUUGGUGGCAUUGACACGGAAAAGUACGAGGGCGAUUUGACCAAGAUCAACAUUCUCCGUGCUGAUAACAGCAAUGUCUUCACAGAGUUCGCAGUUGAGCUCUAUGAGGUGCAAGCUACAAGCCCUUCAGGAACCGAUACUCUCAGCACGAACGCGGGCACCCUGGUCGCCGUUCUGGAUUCGGGAACGACCUUGACCUAUCUGCCGCAGGACAUGGCCGAGGAGGCAUGGAAGGAAGUUGGCGCAAGCUACAACGAGGAAUUUGGCUUGGCUGUUGUUCCUUGCUCAAUCCGAAAUAUUAAUGGGCACUUCUCAUUCACUUUCGCCGGUCCCCAAGGUCCCAAGAUCAACGUCAGCAUGGCCGAGCUUGCCCUCGACCUCUUUAGCGGUGGUCCUGCGCCCAAGUUUUCCUCUGGACCCAACCAAGGCCAGUCUGUUUGCGAAUUUGGUAUCCAGAACACGACUGGAGCCCCUUACCUGCUGGGUGAUACUUUCCUUCGCUCUGCAUUUGUUGUCUACGACCUGGUCAACAACGAGAUUGCGAUUGCUCCCACAAGCUUCAACUCCACCAAGACCAACGUUGUUGCUUUCGCCAGCAGUGGCGCCCCUAUCCCGUCCGCCACCAGCGCCCCCAACCAGAGCAAGUCUGGCCCUUCCUCAUCAACGGGAUCCGGCUUGUCUGCUGCUAGUGGCUUCCAGUCCAACGACAACGCUGCCCCUUUGACCAGCGCCUUUUCCGGCCCUGGAGCGAUUGUUGUUGGCUUGACCCUCGGCUACACCCUCCUUGGAAGCGCCAUUUUCGGCAUUGGCUGGCUGUAAACUUGCAUUGUCAUCCAAUCUCUUCGACACGCUCUACCUAGUAGUGCUUUUAAUGACUUUUGGGAUGAUUCUAGGGCGCAUUUGGUAUAAUAGGGAUUUUUUAUUUUUUAUUUAUUUUUUUCCAUACUAGCAAGCACCGCUGGAGUUGAGGAGGCCGGCUUCUCGAGCAUUCGCUACAAAAGAGCGUUCAGAUACCUAAGGUACAUAAGUGCACAUAGACAUGCAGCUUAGACUAUAAAUGUUACAAAAAAUCAAUAUCAUUAUCC